CCCGGCCCUGCCCCCUGCCCGCCCCCCGCCGGGACCCGCCGAGCUCCGGGCGGCACCGAGAGACCGGACAACAGGCUUCUAUCGCCGCCCGGUUCCGACCCGGUGCCGCCAUGAGCGAGCUGAAGGACUGCCCGCUGCAGUUCCACGACUUCAAGUCUGUGGACCACGUGAAGGUGUGCCCGCGGUACACGGCCGUGCUGGCCCGGUCCGAGGACGAUGGUAUCGGGAUCGAGGAGCUGGACACGCUGCAGCUCGAGCUGGAGACGCUGCUGUCCUCAGCCAGCCGCAGACUGCGGGUACUGGAGGCAGAGACACAGAUCCUGACGGACUGGCAGGACAAAAAGGGCGACCGGCGCUUCCUGAAGCUGAGCAAGGAACACGACGUGGGCACCUCCGUCAAACACGGCAAGCCCAAGAAGCAGAAGCUGGAGGGUAAAGGGGGGCACGGGACGGGGCCUGGGCCCGGCAGGCCUAAGUCUAAAAACCUGCAGCCCAAGAUCCAGGAGUACGAGUUCCAGGAUGACCCCAUCGAUGUGCCGAGGAUCCCUAAAAACGAUGCUCCGAACAGGUUCUGGGCAUCAGUGGAGCCGUACUGCGCCGAUCUCACCAAUGAGGAGGUCAGGGUCCUGGAGGAGCUGCUCAAACCGCCAGAGGACGAGGCUGAGCACUACAAGAUCCCACCGCUGGGGAAGCACUACUCACAGCGCUGGGCUCAGGAGGACCUGCUGGAGGAGCAGAAGGAUGGAGCCCGGGCAGCGGCUGCGGCUGACAAAAAGAAGGGUGUUCUGGGACCACUGACCGAGCUGGACACCAAAGAUGUCGACGCCUUGCUGAAGAAGUCAGAGGCCCAGCACGAGCAGCCUGAGGAUGGAUGUCCCUUUGGACCCCUGACACAGCGUCUCCUGCAGGCCCUGGUGGAGGAAAACAUCAUCUCCCCUGUGGAAGACUCGCCCAUCCCCGACAUCGCUGGCAAGGACUCAGGAGCCGAUGGCGCUGGCACUUCUCCACGCAGCCAGAACAAGCCCUUCAGCGUGCCCCACACCAAGUCGCUGGAGGGGCGGAUCAAGGAGGAGCUGGUGGCUCAGGGCCUGCUGGAGUCUGAGGACCGUCCCGCCGAGGACUCGGAGGAUGAGGUCCUGGCUGAGCUGCGCAAGAGGCAGGCGGAGCUGAAGGCGCUCAGCGCCCACAACCGCGCCAAGAAGCACGAGCUGCUGCGGUUGGCCAAGGAGGAGCUGCACCGGCAGGAGCUGCGGCAGCGCGUCCGCAUGGCCGACAACGAGGUGAUGGACGCCUUCCGUAAGAUCAUGGCGGCCAGGCAGAAGAAGCGCACCCCCACCAAGAAGGAGAAGGACCAGGCGUGGAAGACGCUGAAGGAGCGUGAGAGCAUCCUCAAGCUGCUGGAUGGGUAGCGGGGGGACAGGACUGGGCUGCACAACGCUGCCAUCAUCCCUUUAUUUCACGGACUGGAGGCGCUGUGAGCACAGGAGCUUCCCGGCUGUACCUGUGCUCUGCCUGGAUCGCUGCGGGUCGGGACGGGGUGCACGGGGCUGGGUCCUGCUCCUGGCCCAACCCGCAGCCACCGAACCGCAGGGACUGGGCGAGAGCAUCCCUGGAGCAGCCAUAGCCGCCCUCUGGUUUCCGCUGCCGCGGUUAUUCUGGGCAAUGGAGCUGUGCCAGGACACGGCUGGGAGCCGGGCCGGGCCUCGUUAGCGCCGGGAACAGCCGGGGACAGCGGCGGGGAGCGGGACGGGGCUGUACCGUGUGUUGUGCGGUGAGGGCAAUAAAGGAGCAUUGGCACUGCCGGUGUGCCGUGCGGUGCUGGGGGCUG